AUGAGCGCAUGCAGCAGGAAGGCCCUGACUUUGCUGAGCAGCGUCUUUGCAAUCAGUGGCCUGGGGCUGCUGGGAGUGGCAGUCAGCACUGACUACUGGCUGUACCUGGAGGAGGGCAUCAUAAUGCCUCUGAACCAGAGCACUGACAUCAAGACGGCGCUGCACUCGGGCCUCUGGAGGGUCUGCUCCCUCGCUGGUGACGAGUCUGGUCGGUGUUUUACCAUCGAGUACAUCAUGCCCAUGAAUGUCCAGGUGACGUCCGAGUCCACAGUGAACAUGCUCAAGAUGAUCCGCUCAGCCACUCCCUUCCCUCUGGUCAGCCUGUUCUUCAUGUUCAUCGGUUUUGUCCUCAGCAACAUCGGGCACGUGCGACCACACCGCACCAUCCUAGCCUUCGUCUCUGGAAUCUUCUUCAUCCUCUCAGGUCUGGCUCUGGUGUUGGGCCUGGUGCUGUAUAUUUCCAGUAUCAAUGAUGAAAUGUUGAACAGGACUAAAAGCAGUGAGGCCUAUUUAACCUAUAAGUACGGCUGGUCCUUUGCCUUCGCUGCCAUCUCCUUCCUGCUCACUGAGAGUGCAGGUGUCAUGUCCGUCUACCUGUUCAUGAAGCGCUACACAGCAGAGGAGAUCUACCAGCCUCACCACCCCAGCUUCUACCGCCCUCGUCUCAGCAACUGCUCCGACCACUCAGGCCAGUUCCUCCACCCAGAGGCCUGGUCCCGUGGACGAAGUCCCUCAGACAUCUCCAGCGACGCUUCGCUCCAGAUGAGCGUCAGCUAUCCUGCCCUUCUCAAAUGCCCCGGCUACGAUCAGGUCUCCUCUUCACCCUGCUGAGGGGUCUUCCAUCACACCAGAGGGCACCUGAAGGUGACUGGAGGGUCAUUGAAGAUGGAAUAGGGUCAAAAGAUCAGGUGAGGACAGAGUUUCCUUUCAAGACAAAGCUACAAUUGAGGAUUGUAGGGUUUCUUUUGUGAGACAAUUCGAAGCCUUUGAUUUAACUUCAGCUGAAAGGGAGAGACGUUGUUUUUAAAUUUUGAUUUCAAGUCAUCUGUGCAUUUUACCUUACAGUGCCUCAUAGCCGGUUCUUUUUGUGAAUAUAGAUUCAUCAAAAUAUAAUUUAAAAUGAGGUCUAGUUUUUAAUAAUUCACCAUUUUUUAAAGUCAUGUUAUUCUGUAUGCAAGAUUCAUAUUGUGCUGCCAGUAACAGAUGAUGGUUUUUUGUGACCUCCAGUCUGGAGCUCCAGAACAGGAUAACGGCUGUGAAAACUGAUUCGUAGAUAAUUACUGAAUGAUUAAAGCGAUCGGAGGCAUCGAGGAAAGUAAUAUAUGUACAGGACCAAGUAGCAACGGAUUAUUAAUUACUGUAGCAUAUGGAUAAAUAUUUAUACAGCAGAUGUGUAAUAGAUGAAUAAAUAUAGCAGUAGAAAAGUACAUUUAAAGAUGAUGAGUAAGUAAGAGAAGACUAAAACAUCAAGACUGAGUCAGAUAAGAUCACACAGAUUUGUUUUAUAUAGAUUUUUAUAUAAGAUGUACAGUUGUUGGACUAUUGGAUUAUUUUAUUUCAUGACGAGAGUUGAUGUUAGGAUGCUGGUACAUAGAAGAUGGUGAUUGGCUGACUGAUUAUUCUGAGUGGGAUUAAAAACCUUUGGUUCAGUGUCUGCUGGGGAAUUAAUUUGUGAAGCUGUCAUCAAAUGGCAGUUAUUUCAAAACUGCUAUCCUACAUUAUCCCACUGAGGGGCAGUAUUUUCUUUUGUGGCAUUUAACAUUUAACCUUCACAUGUUACAGUUUACAAAAAAAACAAACAAUGAUCCUAAAAACACAAUUCCCAAAUAUUUAGUUCAUACUUUUCUUUUUCUCCCAAAGAAUUCAGAAGUACAUGUGUAUUUAAAUAUCCUCCAUGGAUCCAGUAACACACUGAGUUUGUCUUGUUAUCAA